AUGUUACUGAGAUCGGGCGAGCUAACAGAAAAAAGCCCAAGGGCCCCGAACCUUAUCCCGUCACUCCCCGUCGCCCACCUCCCCCACACCCCGACCUCCAGCCGCCCUGCGCGCCUCCCGCCCCCGCCUCCUUCCGAGCGCGACGCCGCCGCCCCGCCUCCUUCCGGGCACGACGCCGCCGCCCCGCCUCCUUCCGGGCACGACGCCACCGCCCCGCCUCUGUCCGGGUGUGCCGCCGGCCCCGCCUCCUCCGGGCGCGCCGACGCCCCGACACCUCCGGCGCGAGGCCGCCGCGCCCACCUCCUCCUGGCGUGCCGCCGCCCCUGGGUCACGACGCGCCUCCCUCCGCUGCCGGCCCCCACUCCGCCGCCCAACACCUUCCCUUCGCGCGCCUCCCAACGCCGCCCGCCGCCGCCCACUGCUUCUAUAGCCACUGACCUGCCUCUGCACCGCUGCUGCGACCUGGCUCUUGCUGCAUUGGUCCGUCUGGCGAUAGAAGUUCAAGCUAUGCACGUGUCCCUGUCCUUCUCCGGUCAUCGCCGCCGUUCGACUGUGCUCCUCCGCUUCCCAGCCAAUACCCCCGGCCCGUCCUGCUGCUCACUCAUCCUCGCACAUGUAUCAAGGGGUCGCUACAGUCCACUUCGUGCAAUAGCAGCAGGACGGCUCAUUCAGGACGCAUCUCAUGCUCAUGGAGGCGGUGCUGUCUCCAGCGAGCUCAUCCAUCCCCGAGCACGACGAAUCCACGACUGCGUCCUCCCUCACGUUCACUUCCCUAUCCAUUUUCUUCUCUAGGUGGCCGCCUUGCAGGUCCAGGUACCAGCUUCCGCAAAUUGUCCCAAUUAUACUUGCUACUGUGAUGCAAGGACAGAUCUUGCGAGAAGAAAUGCAAAUCACCAAGCCGCUGAGUAUUGUAACCCUGUUCGAAGGCCAUACUAGGAAUGCUUGAAGUAUGUUCUGAGUUUGCUAAAAAAACUCUUUCCAAUAGGUGUUAUUUCCAUGUGCUAGUUAGUACUACUAAACUUUCCGACGUGUUGAUGCUAGUUAGUACUACUAAACUUUCCCACAUGUUGAUGCAUCCCACGUGCAAAUCUUCAACCUCCUGCAUGUAUGUUAUGUGUGUAGAAAAGUGCUCAAUGAAAUUUAUGUUCCGAGAAGUUCAUAUAUUAUUGUGUGGAAAGGUCAUAUAUUGGAAGUAUCCAGUACGUCAAAAAAAUGGAGACCACAAUUUUCUGCAGUAAUUAGUACGGCUGUGUUGAUCUUCUUCAUUCUGCGUUCAAGUCCAAUUUGUUCUGUUUGUUUCCGCAACUCUUCCUCAUGUGAACCCCUCUACGCUGAGCGCUUCUAAUCCGCUUUGGAAAAAAAGUACUUAUAAUUUGGGCAGAAGCUCACGUUUUGUUAAAUAAUGACACACAAAAAGGUAGCUUUUGGCAAAACAAACACAAUACACAUAAAGUGUAGAAGUUCAAAUUAAAAGCAAAAGUGAAAAAAAUCUUACAAGAAGGGUAGUUCUUCCAAAACACGUGUGAAAAAGUACGAAAAAAUAUGAAAACAGAAAACUCUUGAAUUAAUAGGGC